AUGAAAGCAAAGAAGGGGCCUAUUGGUUAUAUGGUGGUGAAAAUAGAUCUUGAAAAGGCUUAUGAUUGCCUUAACUGGAACUUUAUACAUGAUACACUCGUGGAAGCUAGGCUGCCUGAGAACUUGAUCGACCUCAUUGUUCAGUGUUAUUCCUCGGCUGAAAUAAAAGUUCUUGGGAAUGGGAUUCCCUCUUUCUCUUUUUCUCCUUCCAGAGGUGUUCAACAAGGUGAUCCUAUUUCACCGUACCUAUUUGUUCUCUGCAUUGAACGGUUUAUAAUAGUUGGCGAAGAACAAAUGAUAAAUGGUUCAGCGUCUGGAACCUUUGAUUUGCAGUUAGACAAGGUAGAUGAUGAUUGGGCUAGAGAGCUACCUAACUUAGACUAUGCCAUAAUCUCAGGUGGACACUGGUUUUUCAGAGUGAUGUACCUCCAUGAAGGCGACAACCUUGUAGGCUGUGUGUACUGUGGCCAACCUAAUGUGACAAGCUACAACAGUGAUUUCCCGCUGAGAAAAGCGUUUCGAACGGCAUUCAAUUAUAUUAACAACGGUUGCAAGGAGUGUGGGAAAUUGGUGACGGUUUUGAGGACAUUCGCACCGGCACACUUUGAGAAUGGAGCAUGGAACACUGGAGGGUAUUGUAACAGGACAGGUCCUGCUAGUGAGUCAGAGGUUGAUCCAGGGAUGUUUGAAUGGCAAGUGAGGAAUGCUCAAAUGGAGGAGUUUGAGAGAGCAAGAAAAGAGGGGAUGGAGAAAGGGCAGAGUUUUGAGGUGUUGGAUGUGACUGUGGCAAUGAUGAUGAGACCAGAUGGGCACCCUGGGGACCAUUGGGGUAACAAAUGGAUGAGAGGUUAUAAUGAUUGUACUCAUUGGUGUUUGCCUGGUCCUGUUGAUUUGUGGAGUGAGUUGUUGCUCGCAAUUCUCAAUAAACGUACAAAUUUAAGUCCUCCUCGAGGUAAUAUCAAAUCAUAA